GUUACCGAAUUUUGCAACGCUUUAUAUAUAAGUUCAAUUUCCUUCCUAAAGAUUUCUUAAAACUAAAACAGCUGUUUUGGUAAAAGCACAAAAGAAGAGCAAAUAGUAAUCAUUUAAUUGCAGUAAAUAAGUAAAAAUAUUCAUAUAAAUUCCAAUUUUGACGGAAAAAAAAUUAAAGCGUAUAAACGAAGAUGACUACUGCUGCAAGGCCAACAUUUGAUCCAGCACGUGGCGGUAGCGGAAGAGGUGAAAAGGAUUUGAGCGCUUUGAGUAAACAAUUUUCUAGCCGUGAUUUACCGGGCCACACGAAAUUAAAAUACAGGGAAUCCGGUCAAGGCACUGCCGACGAACUACGCAAUCGUGAUUUUCGCAAAGAAUUGGAAGAACGCGAACGUGAAGCGCGUCCUAAUAAAAAUCUACCCUCUAUAGUGCGUAAAGCCAUUGAAGCGAAUAAUUCUGGCAGCAGCACUAGCAAAAGACCAAAACUUGACCAAACUCCUGUUAAUUUAGAUGCGGAUGAUCCCGUCGAGAAUGAUACUUCAGACAGUGAUGCCGAUUCUGACGAAGAUGAUGAUGCUGCAUUAAUAGCGGAGUUGCAUAAAAUUAAACAGGAACGAAUGCAAGAAAACGCACGCAAAGAACAAGAAAGAAAGCAAGAAGAGGAACGAAUACGCAUGGAAAACAUCUUAUCUGGUAAUCCUUUGAUAAACUACGCAUCUGGAGCAGCUAAUGCUGCCAGUGCCAAGGUACCAAAUGUAGACCUCAAAGUAAAACGACGUUGGGAUGAUGACGUGGUAUUUAAAAAUUGUGCUCGUACUGAACCAGAGAAGAAAUCACUCUUUAUCAAUGAUUCCUUACGUAGUGAAUUUCAUAAAAAAUUUAUGGAAAAAUAUAUAAAAUAAUGAGUGAAAAUAAAU